AUAAUGCAGCAGCAUGGAAUUCGAACAAAAAAUGAUUUAAAAAUGUUUUAAAAUACCAGAAAUUGUAGAAAUCUCUGCGAGAAGAUCGCAAAAUAUUCGCCAAGAUGACGUCGGCGAUAUUAAGAUGUAAUUUUGCCGUAAAAUCCUUGUUGCAUCGCUCAAUUUUGCUUAACAAAUAUGGACUACAAUCCACCUCUCUCAUCACAAACAAAUCCUACAAGCAUACUAUAAAGGGGGUAGUUUUCGAUAUGGGAGGUGUUAUUUUGCCCUCUCCUUUUCCAGCAAUUGACAAAGCUGAGAAAGAUUUCGGAGUUCCUUCAGGGACAAUCUCCCAAAUGGUUGUGAAAAAGUACAGUGAUGAUAAUGGGCCAUGGGGUACUCUGGAGAAGGGUGAAGUUACAGUGGAAGAAUUUCGAGAGAACUUGAAAUUGCCGCCAAUGGUGUCAAAACUUCUUGAACGUUUUUUGAGCAAUAUUCACACAAAAUAUGCUGAGCCAUUGCCGGAGAUGAUUGACUUGAUCAAAUGUCUCAGAGCUAAAGGAGUCCUUGUUGCUUUGUUGACAAACAACUGGUUUUUGGAUAAGGAAAAUACGUUUAUGCCUCUUGAUAGGUCACUAUUUGAUCAGAUUAUUGAGUCUGCAAGAGUGAAUUGUCGUAAACCAGGAGAGGAGAUAUAUAAUUUGACAUUGGAGAAACUUGGUAUUGAGCCAAAUGAGGCAGUAUUCAUUGAUGAUAUGUCAAGGAAUGUAGAGACAGCAAAGACUUUGGGAUGGCAGGGGAUUGAGUUCAAAACUUCCAAACAAACAAUUGAAGACCUUGAAAAAGUGCUAGAGAUUCCACUUCAAGGUAUUGUCCCUGGCUCAAUUGUUGUGAAAGAGAAGUUAAAGUUUGAUAUUGAAUCUUUGACGGAGUACCUGAAGAAAACAUUAAAUAUAAAGAUUGAUGAUGCAAUGAUUGUGAGACAGUUUGAACAUGGUCAGUCAAAUCCAACUUAUUAUGUAAAAUGUGAUGAAAUGGAAUUUGUUCUAAGAAAGAAACCGCCAGGGAAACUGCUUCCAUCAGCGCAUGCUGUUGAAAGAGAGUACAGAGUGAUGAAAGCUAUGCAUGAAAAUGGUGUUCCGGUUCCAAAACCGUUACUUCUUUGUGAAGAUGAAAGUGUGAUUGGGACUCCAUUUUAUAUCAUGGAAUAUGUGAGAGGAAGGAUAUUUAAAGAUCCAUCUUUGCCCGGAAUGGCAAAUGAAAUUAGGAAGGAAAUCUAUGAAGAAAUGAACAAAACUUUAGUGAAAAUUCAUCAAGUUGACGUUACCAAGGCUGGCUUAGAAGAUUAUGGGAAACAUGGUAAUUAUGUGAAAAGGCAAACAGAAACCUGGGCCAAGCAAUAUGAGGCAAGCAAGACUCACGAGAUAGAAACAAUGGAUGAUUUGAUGAGCUGGCUUCGUCAAAAUGUUCCAGAAACAGACAAGACAACAGUAGUUCACGGUGAUUUCAGAAUUGACAAUCUUGUGUUUGAUGCAAACGAGUCCAAAGUAUUGGCUGUUCUUGAUUGGGAGUUGUCAACGUUGGGUGAUCCUGUCACUGACCUCGCUAUGAACUGUCUUCCUUAUUAUUUGCCUCAAAAUUUUCCUAUUUUGAAAGGUUUUUCCAAAGUGGAUCUAGUCUCGCUGGGUAUCCCGACCAAUGAAGAAUACAUGCGGGAAUAUUGUGAAAGAAUGAACAUACCAUUGAUUAAAAACUGGAAUGUUUACAUGGCGUUUACAUUGUUCCGUGUUGCGGCGAUAUUACAAGGAGUUUAUAAACGAUCUCUCAAAGGUCAGGAGAGUUCAACCAAUGCAGAAAAGGUGGGUUUAUUGGCAGAGAAUAUGGCGAAAGCUGGUUGGUCUUUUGCACAGAAAAAACCGGGACAUUCUGGGCCACAAAACAAGAGAAACUACAGCACCACAUCUUCACGUCGUUCAGAAGGUUUAAUGCCAAUCUCAGCGAAUGCUUUGCCAGAACACGUACAAGAAUUGCUUGAGAAAUUGCGGGCAUUCAUGCAGGAACAUGUGUACCCAAACGAGAGGAUUUUCGAAGAGCAUCAGCACUCAAGUGAUUGCUGGAAACCUCAUCCACUUAUGGCAGAACUUAAGAGUAAGGCAAAAACGAUUGGUUUGUGGAAUUUAUUUAUACCAGUGGAGUGUGACCCUGACAAGGCUUAUGGAGCUGGUCUGACCAACGUGGAAUACGCAUUUCUUUGUGAAGAAAUGGGAAAAUCAGUCUACGCUCCUGAGAUGUUCAAUUGUUCAGCUCCAGACACAGGAAACAUGGAGGUUUUAAUCAAAUAUGGUUCUGCAGAACAAAAGGAAGAAUGGCUCUUACCUCUACUGGACGGGCGUAUUCGUUCGUGUUUUGCGAUGACUGAGCCGAAUGUUGCUUCGUCGGACGCUACAAAUAUUCAGUCGAAAAUCGAAGAAGACGGCGAUUUUUAUGUCGUUAACGGCAGGAAAUGGUGGACCUCAGGAGCGCUCGACCCGCGUUGUGAACUCGCGAUUUUUAUGGGCAAAACUGAUCCAACUGCUGCAAAACAUAAACAGCAGUCGAUGAUCCUGGUGCCUUUCAAAACGCCUGGUGUUAACGUCAUCCGACCUCUUUCAAUGUUUGGAUACCUGGAUCCACCCUGUGGCCAUGGUGAGGUGGAUUUCAAAGAUGUCCGUGUUCCAAAAUCGAAUAUUAUUCUCGGUCCAGGGCGUGGCUUCGAGAUCGCGCAGGGACGUCUGGGACCAGGGAGGAUACAUCAUUGUAUGCGAAUGAUUGGAUACGCAGAAAGAUCUCUGGAGUUAAUGAUUGACAGGGUAAAAUCGCGUUUUGCAUUCGGAAAGCCAUUGAUUCAACAAGGCAAAAUUAUUGAAGACAUCGCGAAAUCUCGCAUCGAAAUUGAACAAGCAAGACUAUUGACCUUAAAAGCCGCCCAGCUCAUGGAUACGGUCGGAAACAAGAUCGCUGCGCCAGAGAUUGCAAUGAUAAAAGUCCUCGCUCCAGAGAUGGCACAAAACGUAACUGAUAGAGCUAUACAGGCAUUCGGCGGUGCCGGCGUCUCGUCUGAUUUCCCGUUGGCUCAUUUCUGGGCGAUGUCGAGGAUUUUACGUUUAGCUGACGGUCCUGACGAGGUACACAGGAGAGCUGUUGCACGGAUGGAGAUAAAGAGACAUGAUACCAAGGGAUAGGUCACACAAACCUUGCGUAGAAAAGCCACAAUUUGGAUCUAACAACGCUCCGACCAUUCCUUCAAGGAGAUCCUGAUUAUCGGAUCCUUUCCUCGGCGUCCGAGUCUUUCCUCUGUUCUGCAAGCCGUUCAAACCGCUAUUGUUCAACCGUCGUUCUUUUGAACGCCUGUUUUGGAACCAAACUUGAAUGACUCUCAUGGACAAUCCGGUCUCCUGAGCGAGUUUCUCCCGCAUGUGUCGCGUCGGUUUCGGAGUGGCUGCAAAAGCUGCUUUGAGGAUUUCCAAUUGCUUCGCCUUUAUGGUGGUUCGCGGUCCUCUUCGUUUGCCGUUCGGCCCGUUUUCACCGUCUUCGUCUAGCAUCGAGUCUUCUUCAUCUUUCGGGGCAUCGUCGCUCUCCGUCUCUGUUUUCUCUGGCGACUCUGAACCUGUUAAAAAAGAGAGGAACAUUAAAUCUUGCUUACCCAACGUGGACGAUCUCUGAAUCGUAGUCCGUCUUCGUAUACAUUCGAAUUCGUGAAUAUCUGGAUCCAAUUUCGUGUCUUUUCCAACGCAUCCUGGCUGAAGACGAGAGGAUAAAUUAUUGGUGUUUUUCAAUUCUUUUCGGAAAUAUAUGGUUUUUAUAUCCGCAUGCUUCAAUACAUAUAUAAACAAUCUGUAGAUUUUGUACUUUAAAUGCGAAGGUCCUUUUUGUAUUGACACGUUCAAACGUGGGCACAUUGACGUCUAUAACUGCCUUUUUCAAAGCGUCCGAUUUUAAUUUCAAAGAACCAAGUUCCCUGAACAUUUCCGUUCUCAGGGUAGGUAAUAUAAUUUCGAAAUACACUUCCUUUGUGGUCGUAUUUUCCACAUGGGGAAGGUUACCCUCGCGCGUAUAGAUUUUUCCUUCUGUGGAGUGCAAUUUUAACUUUUUAUACUGCCAAGGUUAACUAUAUUCAAAACGCGGAAGAGUUCACGCAAGUUUUCGUCAUAUAGUGUAAUAGAUACGCUGAAAAUGUCUAUGCGCAAUAGGAUCUAGUUUGAUAAUACCCAACUUGGAACAAUUUUGUUUGAUCGUAGAAGUGAUACAUCCAUGUAUACUAGUCUUAAAUACCCGGAUUCAUGAUUGAUUGAGUUCUCACUAAGUAUAUAUGAAUAAAUGGGCGACGUCGUUUUUAUAUCCCAAUGUUGAAAUACAGGAUCAUAAAGCUACUGUGGACUCAACCCUAUAUCCAUCGUUGUUAUGUUGAAUGUGUACAUGCAUCGAUUAAAUCACUUUACAUAUAUAUUACCCUAAAUGAGCUGUUUCAACCGUUCCAAAGUGAAUAUACCUGAUGGAAAAACCUGAACUGCAAUUCCCUCACAUGUAUAUUCACUUCAUGCGAUGAUGAACAUGAAUAAAAUCCGCUAAAAACUUAUGAUUGUAAUCGUGCGUCAGUUAGAAGCAAGAGUUGUUUAUAUUUUGAGCUGUUCAAUGUGAAAAUUCGCUUCAAAAGACCGUCGGUUCAAAAGUCUACGCGUGUUCAAC